CGGAUAACUUGUGAUCCAGUAAAUGCAUUCAGGGAGAAUGCUUAACUCGAUAAGCAGUUGGGAUCUGCAUACAUAUAAAUACAUACAAUAAUCGUAUUGCAUUACCUGUUUGGCAUAUAUAUUGUCCUACAAUCCAUAACAUUAUUAUUGGUAAACUGUGAGAUAAUUUGUGCAGACAAACAAUUACGCAACUUUGCCCAUGUGAACUUGAACUUCAAGUUAAAAGCUAUAAGGAAAUGGUUUCUUAUGCAUUAUUAGAGUUUGUGUCAAGGAAAGAUUCAGAUUCUAAUAAAAACUAAAAACCUUCAGAAUAGGAUAAUUAGUAAGUUGUUUGGCUCGGUUAUGAAGUUAUUCAAGAAUUAACAAUUAAAUACAGCUUUAAAAGCUAUAAAAACAAGAAAGUUACAAAAUAAUUACGAUUAUGAGGCCCACCCUCCUCCCACUACAAGUCUUACUUUCCAUUUUCGCUCCCACUUUAAGACAGAGAUUUGAGGAGAAUGCAAUCUGGGAGAAAGAAUACCCCGAAAUAAGUCGGGCUAUUUCACCCAAUGACAGACGCGAGUGUCAUCAGCAAUUCAAGGAUCUCAAGGACCCUCAAUUACACUGGGAUCUGAUUGGUUUAACUAUUGACCAGCGCCUCAUUCGGUUAGGAUAUCCGGUCGAACGGAUAAACGUGACGACAGAGGAUGGCUACAUUUUGGGCCUUUAUCGAAUCCCUUUUAGCCCGAAAUCUCCGAUUGUGGAAGGUAUUGUCAAAAAAGCAGUCAUACUGUAUCAUGGUCUUAUGGCGAAUGGUUUAAGCUUUUUGUUGCAAGAUGGGUCAAGAAAUUUGGCGAUGCUAUUGGCGGAUUCAGGUUUCGACGUGUAUAUUGCCAAUGCUCGAGGUAAUAGCUAUUCCGAAGGCCAUGUAAACCCAGAUAUGACACUGGAUAAUUGGGAAUAUUGGGAUUUUAGUUUCCACGAGGUGGGAAUAUUCGAUCUUCCCGCCAUUAUUGAAACCGUUACGGACAUCACGAAGCAGGAGUCCAUGUACUACGUUGGUCACAGCAUGGGUUCCACCACGCUGGCCGUUCUGCUAUCCGAGCGACCAGAAUACAAUCGACGCAUCGCGACCGCAUUUCUACUCGCUCCAGCCAUAUUUUUAGGUCACAGUUGGUUAUAUGCUCAACCGUUCAUCAAAUCGGUGAAUUAUUAUCAGUACACCUUCAAUAAUUUUUUCGCUGGUCGUCUAGAGGGUGAAAUAUUACCGGAGUUACUUGUCGGAUCAGUACCAGCGACUCGUUGUUCCAUUGAAGAAUAUGCAUGUGGAAUUUGUUCCAAUCUGUUCUUCCGCCAAUUCGGAUAUGACGGUCCUCAAAUAAAUUACACCAAGAUUGGUCAGUUUCUUGAAGUUUAUCCGGUCACUUCAUCGAGCAAGGCGAUGCUGCACUUUUUCCAACUGAUUAAAACCAAUAAAUUUUGUCAAUAUGACGACGGAUUUAACGAGCCACGGUAUUCUCAAAGAAGUCCAUCUUGUUACAACCUGGAAAAUAUUUUUAGUCCAUUGCUCAUAUUUUGGGGCUCAAAUGAUAGCACAGUGAAACCACAGGAUGUUGCAAAAACGGUGUCUCAUAUACCCAAGACAGCUUUAAAGGAGAAUAUCAAGGUGGAUUCGAAGUACUUCAUCCACAUGGAUUUUGUAUUUGCGAAGGAUGCAGAUAUUUUGGUAUACAAAAGAAUAGUGGAUGUAAUGCUAAACGCGACGUAUGGCUGAUGAUAAGUUUCCCUAUUUUUCUAAUAAAUAUGACACGUGUUAGAAUACCGUGACAUACAUAUGUCGUUGAAAGUGCAUUGUGAUUUAUGUAUUAUAUUUAUGGGAGUUGUGCCUACACCUUAAUCAUCAGAUUUUCUUUGCUACAUAAUUUACCCAUAAUACCUUUUGUAAAGGGCUGGUUAAAUUAACAUGUACAAAGUCGACAAUUCUAAAUAUGUGUCAACAAUUGGAUUAUGUAUCUGUAACUGCAUUAAUAUUCAAUGCAUGCUUAUUUUUGUAAUAAGAACCAAAUUUAGGCAGAAUUGUAUUAAGUAGUUUAACUUACAAAAAUUAUUAUUUGUCAACCACAGAAAAGCUAAAAUCGCUUAAAACUGAAUACAGUGAAGAAAAAUGUGUGCAUAAUUAACAGUCAUGAGAACAAACUGUUCCUGACCAACUGGACUGAAUCCCAAAAUGGGAUGGGAUCAGGAUAAUGUAUUUUGCUAUACCACUACCAGAUAAUUAAUGGUAAGGUUUUCCAUACCAGGAAGAAGUAAACGAUGUUCAAAAGCGAA